AUGGAAACGGUUGACAACGAACUCCUAGUCCACAUCAAUGCCCCCAGCACCGCUCAAGAUGACAGACGCUACGUCUCCAUCGCACAACACGUUCUGGACUUCAGGUCGGCUGUGAUCACUAGAGUAUCUGGCGCCAGUCCGCCCUCGCUCCUCUCUCCUCCCCAGGGUGACGACGACCACGGAGCAUUCAUUGAUACUAGGAGAUCCUUCUCGCCUCAACCAGAACUGCCUCGUCCGAGUACUGCCCCCGAACUGACCUCAAGCGGCGACCCGCCCAGAUUAGCUCGAACGAGGACGGGUCGCCGACGUGCCUUCUCUGAGACUUCUUCUAUCAGCAACUCCUUUCCCGCCCGUGGCACGCAAGGUGUCGAGAAUAUAUCUGCCACCGUGUCACAGCUUCCGCCUGGAGCAGCCCCGGCCGAACCUCUAUUGGCUUCCACAAAUAGCGAGCGAAGACGGAAGAAGCCACGGACAGAAAUUGGGUAUAGCGAGGCUGAGUGCGUCGAUCGGUCUGCAGCCAUAGCUUCUGACGGCGACGAGACAGAUUCCACAGAGUCUGUGACGUCGUCUCAGCUAAGGGCCUAUGGUCUAUCGGGAGUGGCAACGCACAGGCCUGAACCAGCAGAAACUCGCUGUGUGAUCGAUCUGACAAGCCCAGUCGAUGCUAGUCCUGAUGCUCGUCAAGUGGAGGUGAACAGCUACCGAUCUCCAGCCUCGCCAAUUGCCAGUCGCGCCGAGCCUGCUCCUCCUCUCCAGCAGGUUGACCAUCAGAUACGACUCCUCCCUGUGGAAAUCCGGCCCCCGUAUCCUCUGGGGGGACGCUCGAAGUUUACGACGCAUAUCACCAAGACCUUGAAGAAGCUGGCCCACGGGGAGGCCUCCUUGCUCAAGCAUUUCCGGCCGGCAUUCGUUUGUCGAGACGUCCGAGUUCUUGAGCGGGGAUAUUGGCAAUUUUGGAUCCAAAUCGCAGAGGAGAGCGUUGUGAGAGAAUCAAGACAACAUAAGCGGGCCACACUGAAGCUUCUAGGGUCUACUGCACGCAAGAAACGCAAUGACUCUGUGAUUGUGCUGGAUCUCCAGAGCCCCAAUCAUGCUCUGUGGACCGAGGAUGAAUUCCUGCAGUUCUGGAAGAACAUGACCUUGGUCAUUGAAUCAGGCAAGGUGGGAUGGGCGACACGUAUGACUAAGGAGUUGGAAGAUGCCAGUCUCUGGAAGUAG